GGACAUACAUAUUUUUUACUGCUCAGUUAGACUUGGAUGCAAGUUAUGUUGUGCUUUGAGUAUUGAUUCUCUCUUUUGAUCUGCAUGUGGUAGUGGGGAGGUAUAAUGGCAGCCAGGGGGAGUCUUGGGCUCAGAGCAGAUGGAGUCAGGAUGAAAGGGGAAGCGGAUAUGUAGAUCGGUAAGUCAGAUCGAAUAGAGGCUAUGUACUGGUUUGAAUACGUGCAGCAAUGCUGAGUCAUAUCCGUUUUGUUGAUCCUGUUCCUGCAGUUAGAAAGACAUUUGCCUGAUCACAUUGGCACAAAAGCAUCUUGUCUUAUCCAGUGAUACAGUAAUGUAAUCACUGUAUCAAAGCUGUAUUGAGUUUCACUGUUCUGGAAUAUUCCAUAGUUAAAGUUUGUAAAUCUGGCAUUUUUUAGAAAAUACUGUUACAAUAGUAUAUUCUUUUCCUUAGUGUGCUUUAUGCCAGUGUUAAAGAAAGCUUUAUUUCCAAUGUGGUGGCUCAGACCGUGGUCCAGACCCCAGGUGUCCUCCUUUUCCGCCUCUCAUCAUAACUCCUCCAACGAGAGGCAGAGCUCUCAGACCUCCUAUCAGUACUCGCAGACACCAGACAGCUUGCUGUCAUCCCAGGCCUCCUCCUGUUCCUCCUCCUGCUGGGACUCCUCACUCCAAAGGCAGACAUGUCAGACUGAAGCCUAUUAUCAGCGCUCACAGACUUAUUCCCACAGAAAGUGCUCUGAACCCCCUGCUUGCCAGUCCAGCCAGGUCCCGUCAUUCUCUCAGCAUGAGAUUCCUGAGACAGCAGCAUCUUUCUGCCAAAGAGACAGAUAUACGCUCUCCACCCAAACACCAGAGAGACCUUCUGAACAUCAAGUCACACCCUGGAGAAACUCCACUAAAGAAAUCAGGCCAUCUUUCAUCCUCAAUAGAUUGCCAGAUGAAGAAGAUCCUGACGAGAUGCUGCUCCCCACAUCAGAACAGCCUAAUUCUCAUAAAGAAGAGCAUCCUGCUUGUCACCAAGUAUCAUCCUACCUCAGAAUAUGUGAAGAGACAGGUAAUAUAUCAAGUACACAGAGAGAAAUGGUAACUACAGAGAGCUGGAAUAUUGCCAAGAAAGAACUUGAGGAUGCUGAUGCUUCAGGCAGUCGAUUACAGUGGAAGAAGCCUCUAUUUGACCCCACUGAAGACACCACUCGUGGAGGAGAAGAUGGAGACAUGUUAUGUAUGCUAUCAGAGUCUGACACUAUCAAAACUGGAAAGGAAAAUCUACCUUCCAGUGACUUUGUAACAGGACAAGGAAGAAGCUGUGAUGCACAUUCACACAAUCUGAUGAGGAAUAUAGUUGGGGAGAAAGCAAUAAAGCUGACAGUGGAUUUAGAACAUAUGACUGAGGCUGGAAUCCAUGAAGAUGAAGUUAUGACAGGAAGAGGACAUAAAGAUACAGCCCUACUGAAUACAAAAGAAUUGGCCAAUGAAACGGGACGAAUUUGGAUUUGGGGAACCAAGAUGAUCAGUACAUUAGAGGGGAAUUUGGGCUUAUCUGCAACUGACUGUGACACUAGCGUUGAAAUGCUUGGAAUGCAAGAAGGUAACUUUGAGUACAGACCUGGUACAUCUGACUUUAAAGAAGUUCAACGUUCACCUGCUGCUAAGAAUGGAGAUACAGCAGUGGGACAUCACACUGGCAGUCCAGAAGAGAUCCCAUUAUCUUUAGAAAGUAGACACCACACAUCGAGCGACUGCCUAACUAAAACCCUGCAGGACAUGGGUCAGACUGUGACUGAAACAGCAGAGAGGGACCACGCUGAACCAGGACCGCUGGUGCAGUCUGACCCCACCAAUUUAGUCCUGAGUGCCAACAGUGCUGCUAACCUGGAAAGAAUAGAUGUGACAGAGGUCAGAUUGGAAGGUGAGACUGAGAGCAGCACAAAGGCAAACACUGGACAUGGGAUGGAGACAGGACAGGCCCAUUGUUCUGACAUCCAACUGAGAAAAAGACAGUGUGAGACAAAUUACAGAGAGGCCAUUGAGUUACCCAGAAUAGAUACAGAGUCAGGAGACAGGAGAGAAGACAGAGAGGAGCUGGUACUGUCACCUGUGGACUGUGAAGACAAGAGUAAAUACAGAGACCGCUAAUGGAAGCACCAAAGAGAGCAGGUCAAGCUUGGUUCUGGCCCCAGCAAGCACUGCUGUUUCUGAAGAAAACUCCUCUUCAGGAGAGUAUUUGACUUCAGCUGCUGUACAUCCAAACAAAAAAGUGGAAAACAGAAAGCUAACUACUUCCGAAAGUCAAUUCCAUCAUCUUCACCUGACCCCUUCCUUCACUCUAAAGAGGAAGCAUGAUGCACUUCAAGAUCAAAAUGCUCACCCUCCUGCCAAAAUCUUCCAAACCAAGCGUCCUCCAAAAUGGAAGCCACCUCCAUCCUCACAAGAGAAGGCAAGAGAAGGAGCAGUGAGUGAAGGGAAGAGAGCCAGGCUGAGAGCAUCUGUCUGUGGGCCACAGACUAAAACCAGUCCUUCACAUGAAGC